AUGGGCGGCGAUUUUAACGCAACGAAAUCAGAUGGAGAGAGGAAAGGAAGUAGUAAUGGUUGGUCUGCAGAGUCUAGAUUGUUUGCGGAUUUUAUAGAAGAAAGUAGGCUUAUCGAUGUUCCGGCCAGCGACAAUCAAUUUAGUUGGUAUAGUGGUGACGGUAAAGUAAUGAGCAGAAUAUAUCGUUUCUUGGUGGAUGAUUCCCUUAUAGAUAGAUGGGGGAUUAUGGGUCAACGUAUUGGUCCUAGAUCCAUAUUGGACCACUGUCCGGUUUGGAUUAUUAUCAACAAGGAGAAUUGGGGGCCGGAACAUUUUAUGGUUAACAAUUCGUGGUUUAAGAAUAAGGAGUUCCUUCCGUUUGUAGCAUCUGAAUGGGAUAAGAUUAGGUUGAAGGGAGAGGAAGAUGAGUUGAGGGAUGUGGUGGAGUUAAUGAGCGAGGCGACAAGAAAGAUGUGGUUGAAUUUGAAGAUCAAAGAAAACAUGUUACUGCAAAAGUCUAGAGUUAAGUGGGAUGCUGAUGGAGAUAUGAACAACAGGUAUUUUCAUUGUGCUGUGAAAGCAAGGAGGAGGGGAAAUUUCAUCAACAGUAUCCAGUCGGAAAACAGUGUUGUGGAGUCGGUGGGAGAGAUACAGGAGGAAGUUAUGAGGCAUUUUGCGAACAAGUUUUCUGAACCUGUUUUUCAGCGCCCUUCUCUAGAAGGAAUAUCUCUUAAAGCUAUUUCUUACAGGGAGAAAUGCACUUUGUAA